CUGAUCCGCCGUAGACAUUUUUUUUUCUUCGAGUCACGACUGCGGCGAUUAAUUUAUAACACCCGCGACUCUAUUUACCGGACCGAGCAGAUCUCUGACCAGCUGCAACCAUGGCGCUCAGUGAUGCCGACGUACAGAAGCAGAUCAAACACAUGAUGGCCUUCAUUGAGCAGGAGGCCAAUGAGAAGGCAGAAGAAAUUGAUGCCAAGGCAGAGGAAGAGUUCAACAUUGAGAAGGGUCGCCUGGUCCAGACUCAGAGGUUGAAGAUAAUGGAGUAUUAUGAGAAGAAAGAGAAGCAGAUUGAGCAACAGAAGAAAAUUCAAAUGUCAAACUUGAUGAACCAGGCUCGACUGAAGGUACUUAAAGCACGUGACGAUAUGAUUUCGGAAAUGUUGAAUGAGGCCCGCCAAAGGCUUGCUAAUGUGGCAAAGGACCCUGCCAGGUACCCGACCCUGAUGGAUGGCCUGAUCUUACAGGGAUUCUAUCAGCUUCUGGAGCACAAAGUGACCAUCCGCUGCCGUAAACAGGACCUACAGUUAGUUCAGGGAUCCAUCCAGAGGAAUAUUCCAACCUACAAAGCAGCGACAAAGAGCAGUCUGGAGGUCCGCAUCGACCAGGACAACUUCCUGUCCCCAGACAUUUCUGGAGGCAUUGAGCUCUAUAACGCUGAUGGGAAGAUCAAGGUGUCCAACACCCUGGAGAGCAGACUGGACCUCAUGGCUCAGCAGAUGAUGCCUGAAAUCCGAGUGGCUCUCUUCGGUGCCAAUCCCAACCGCAAGUUUAUGGACUGAGCUGCUCCGUUGUCCGGGAAAAAUCAAGAGUUCUGAUAUUUUUUAUUUUGUGGCGUAAACGAUUUAAUUCAAGUGUCUUUGAAAAGAAAUUCUGGUGCAGUUUCAGCUCGAAGAAGACACGCUGUCAUUGUGUGAUGUAUUACUGUAUUAUUUUUUUUUCUUCUUCUGUGCAUCGAGGGAAAGUAUAGAUGCCGCGAACUGAGUUUUACAGAUACGAGUAGUGGGUGCGUCUGCACAGUUGUGACAACUGGUUUACUCCAAUGCUCCCUUCCACGGGUCUCGGUUUACACUGCUCAUUCAGAGACAAUGUGAUGAAUCAGGUGUUUAACAUUUGAGUUUCUCAGUCGAUCGGUCAAUGCACUCCAUACAUUCAAUUAGCCUCACUUUUCCAGCCGGUUGCAUUUUAACCAUCACAUGACUCGCUUGCAUGGGCCGUUGUCUUGCUAGGUAUCUGCUCCAACCAGCCUGGAUGAUUUAUGAAGUAUUUGGAAGAAGAAAAAAACAGCAUUGCAAAACAUGACAUUAUUGAGUUAAUUUAUUGAUGUUACAUCUUCUCUGUGUCUCUCCCAUAUCAUUCCAAAGGGUGCAUUGUAUGUAUAUGAGAACCCCAAAUCCACAGUUAAAUUAUAAUAUAUGUACGUAUGUGUUUUUUUUUUGUUUUUUUUUGGUUUCGUUGUAUUGUUAUUUUGAUUGUAUCUCUGUCUGGAAAUGUUGAAUUGUGAAAAUGUAUAACAUAAGUAAAGUAUGAAUCAUUAGU